UCGGCGCCGGCCAGCAGUAGCAGCGGAGGCGUUGCUUCGGCGGAGGAAGUGGAGAUUCUCCCGGACCACCACCACUCUCCUCCCCCUGCGCCUGUCAUCUCUGUGAGCCAUUCAGCGAAGCCCUCUGGUCCAAACCAGCGGCUCGCCUCUCUUGACGUCUUUCGCGGCCUCACAGUUGCUCUCAUGAUUCUCGUAGACGAUGCCGGCGGAGCGUUUCCGGCGAUAAACCACGCGCCGUGGUUCGGGGUGACUGUUGCGGACUUCGUUAUGCCCUUCUUUCUAUUCGGUGUUGGAGUGUCCAUCGCCCUCGCAUGCAGAAAAGCUACCAACAAAUUUGCUGCUACAAGAAAAAUUAUUAUGAGAACAAUCAAGCUUUUUUGGUUGGGUGUGUUGCUCCAAGGUGGAUACUUUCAUGGCCGUAAUCACUUGACAUAUGGCGUUGACAUCGAUCAUAUACGAUGGCUAGGAGUAUUACAGUUGGUUGUGGAGUUUAGUGAAUAUGAUAUUUACGUGCCUGGGACAAUGAUUAAAGCUCGAGCUAUCAAGGACUUUCUGGCGGACUUCUCCGUAAAGGCGAAUCACACUUACGUGUCUGGGACAAUGAUUAAAGCUCAAGCUAUCAGGGACUUUCUGGCGGACUUCUCCGUAAAGGCGAAUCAGGCGAAGGAACUGACACUGGCAACCAAACCUGGAUCUUGCACAUCGACGGAGCUUCGAGUCAGGCGGGAGCAGGAAUUAGACUGA